AUGGCUAAAGGGAGACAUAGGAAGCAGGUAGCUUUGGACAUGUUGAACAAUGCUUACCUCAGAGCAAAUGUAUUAGGGUCAGAAUCUGCGAAAGACAUCGUCUCUGCAAGACUUUGUUCAAAGAAGAUGUAUGAAGGAGGGGGUGAUCCUCAAGUGUACAGAACAGCAUGCAUUGACAUGUUUGAAGGAAUGGGUACCAAAAAUCUAAAAGUUGAUUUAUUUAUACGCACAUGUGCAUUGCAUAAUAACAUUGAAGCCAUGUUCAGACAAGGAAUUGAUGAGUGCUUUUAUUAUGGAAAUUUUGAUUUAGGAAUGACUUUGUUGAGACAAGCAGCAGAUGAAGUUCAUCUUGAGGCAAUUUAUUUUCUUGGAAUGAUCUACAUUUCAAGAUGGCCUCAUCAAUGUGAUGAAGGUUUACAGUUACUUGAUGCCUAUUUCGGCUGGGCAGUUCCGGAUGAUGGGGACUACACGAGUGUUGUUGAUAGUGUGCCAAAGAGUUGUUGCGGAUUGUUGAUGUUGUUCAUAGACUUACAAGGAAUAACAUCACAUUCCAAUGUGAAGAACCACGUCAUUCUGUUAAAUGUGCAUUGCCAAUAG